AUGAGUAAAUUUUCAAACAAUCAAAUCAAAUUACAUGAUAUUAUCAACUUUGAAAAACUUGUUGCGUAUACUCAUCAUCCACAAUAUAUAGAAAUUAUUACACAAUCAAAUUAUCAAAAUGCUUAUUUAAUUAUUUAUCACUGUAAAAAAUCCAAAUGGAAAUGGAAAUUCAACUCUGAUUCUAAUUGGUUCAUUCAUCAAAAAUGUUCAUCACUGCAUUUGAAUGAAAUUCAACCAAUUGAUCACAUUCAAACAAAAUUGAACACAUUGAAUAAUACUACUACAACUCCUCCUCCUGCUCAACCACCUGUAGAUAGAUCAACAACAAAUCGAAGAAAUAAUUGUUUUAAUGCGCACAGCCAUUUGAAACAAACAAAUUCAAUGAUUCAAUCAUUAAAUGAUUUAUUUCAUGCAUCAAUCAUUUAUCGAAAUUAUAAUAAAAAACCAUAUACCACUAAUUAUUUAUCAAUAAAAUCAUCUCGAAUCAUAUUUAAAUGGUUACAAUUUUAUUCAAUGAAAUCAAUGAAGAAUGAAUCUCACCAUUCCCUAACAUCUUCGUCACCAUCCUCAUUGUCAUCAAUUGAUUGUGUAAAUAAUCAGUCAUCAUUUUCUACCAAAUCGUGUAAAUUCACUCACCAUCAUCGUCAUCAUCAUCAUCAUCCUGAUUCACAAGCAUUGGAUUCAACUAUACCUGGUGGUGUCACUAAUCCAUCAGAAGAUAUUAUCAAUCAACGAUUAUGUACAAGUAAUCCAAUCAUCCAUAGCCCCCUUAAUCAUCCAUCCAAUAUUUUACUUGGCAUAUUUUUUGAAUGUGGAAAAUAUUUUAUAUUUGAAUUUUGUACAAUACAUGAAAGAAAUACAUGUUUACAAGUAUUCAAUAAAAUUAUUCAUAUCAAUAAACAAAUUAAUGCUUAUCCAGAAAUUGAAUUUACAUGGUCAGUGAGCGUUCGUUUUAAACCAAAAGAUUAUACAAGUAGUAGUACUACUACUUGUUCACUCCUAUCGAAUCAUCAUAAUUCAUCCCAGUGUUAUUUAUGUUUAACAAAUACAGAAUUAUUAUUAAUACAAGGUGAUUUACAUCGACCGAAAUUAAUUAUUUUAUAUCAAUUUAUACGUCAAUGUGUAACACGUCGUGAUGGUCAAUUUCGUAUCUGCACUGGACGUGCAUCACCAAUUGGUGAAUGUGAAAUUAUUUGUCAAUUAACUGAUUAUACGGAGGCAAUUUAUGUGCAUGAACAAUGUACACGGUGA